AUGUGCGAGAAGUUUGUUAUGGACGAAGAAGGAAAAAUCAGCUCGAAAUAUGAUAUAUCGGGAAAUGUUGAAUUUGGAAGAUGGGUAGAUCAACCCGAAAAACUUGAGCAAAUAACGAGAGAAUUAUUGGAAGCAAUAUCGCCGAAAUAUAAAUUAUUCAUAAAAGAUGGAGAGCCACAGGUAAAUGAGGGGUCUUACGUAUGUGAAGUAAUUGCUCCGCUGAUAAAUAUUGCGAUGAAUGAUUUACCCGGGCAUCCAUUAGCAUGGGCUAGUGCGGUAAGGAAGGGUUCGCAAAAAAUUGCACGAAGACCAGAUUAUAUGUUACUAACUCAUUUGGGGAAAAAUGCGAAGCUUGAAAUUUCUUAUUUAGAAACUGGUCGGCCGAAUUCAACUUUAAUUAAACGAGUACGGGAUCAUAAAAAAUUGGCUCGAUUUUCUAAAGAUUCAAUUGAUACUACAAGAAGUGUUUCUAACCUUCAAAGAAUAUUUAGCCGAUCAAUUACAAGGCAACAACUAGCAAUAUUUACGGUUAAUGUUGCAGAUCUUAGUGCCGAAGAAAGUCCAAAAACGGUUGAAAGCGAAAAUAUAAAAUUAAAACAAUCUUUUAAAGAAUAUGCGGUACUAAAGAUCCGAUUUGAAGAGCUAGAAAAGAAAAAUAAAGCAGAUACUGACAACCUCACUGCUGAAAAUAUUAAGCUUAAAGAUAAAGUUACGAAAUUGGAACAAAUUCAAACAUAUAAUGUUAAUAAAAAACAUAUUGCUAAAUUGAACAACAAUAUCAAGAAAAUUAAACAGAUAAGUAUACUCCUCCCAGAAGAACAAUAUUCGGCUAAUAUCAAUGCUUCCUGUGAAAUAAACUCUGAGAGUAACUUUAAACAAAUAGACUCACGAUAUGGUAAUACUUUUGCAUCUGAUAUAACUGAUAAUACUUCAAAUUCUGAUGAACCUGAUGGUGCUUUUUCAAAUAUAUCUGAAAAUGUAUUUGAUACUGCUUCAAAUCCUAAUGUAUGUCAGGAAACAGUGACUCAAUACUCUGCAUCAAUUUGUAUGGAAACUAAAUCUUCAGAAGAUAAAGAGAUCGAAAAAUUUCUAGAUCAGGUGCAUAAAGAAAACAGUAAUAAAAUAAGAGAAAGAAAUCAGAAAAAGAAACUUCAGAGUCAAGGAUCAGUACAAAAUGCUUCUGAUAUACAAAAUAAGAUAAAUCUGGUUAUUGAUCAAGCACAAAAUUCUGAAGUAAAAAUUCCAUAUAAUAAAAAAGUCGAGCAAGACUUAAAGCAUGACUUAUCUUUGUUCAUUAAAGAUAUUAAUAAUAACGAGGACAAAUCUUUACCGGAGACUAAGGUAAGUGCAUCGUCUAAUCCAAUCCAUGAUUAUAUUUAUUUUUGUAAUAAAAUAUUAGAACAAUAUCCUAAUUUAUAUAAAGAGUGUAGUGAUAGAAAUGAUGAUUAUUACAGAAUUACUGACAAUACAUUAUGUUUACUAUGCAGAUUAAAUUAUAGUGAUGAUGACAUAGAAGGAGAAUAUAAAAAUAGAACUUACUAUAUUAAAUGUAAACCCUGCAUAGUUCAAAUAACUGCAUAA